AUGAUCGAUGUAGUAAAUGUUUUUAAUAAAGGAGGGGUUGUAUUGUGGUCAUAUAACUUUUAUGAAAUUGAAGAAAAUAUUAUAAGGGCAAUUAUAAAAAUAGGGUUAAUAGAAGGAAAAUAUGAAGAAUUUAGUAAUAAAUAUAAUAAAUAUUAUUCAAAAUGGAAAUUUGUUAACGACUUAGACAUGGUAAUAUUGAUUGUAUAUCAAGGAAUUCAAAAUUCUGCAUAUCUUGACAAUUUAUUUAACAAAAUUAAAAAACAAUUUGUAAAACUAAUUCCAAAAAAUUUUAAUUUUUUUGAACAUAAUUUACCUAUUAAUUUUGAUAAACAAUUUUUAAAAAUAUUAGAAGAAUCUGAUAAAGCAAUGCAAAAAUCCAGUCCUGAUUUUGGAAACAAAAAUAAUCUUAAUAAUAAUAAUACAAAUAGCAAUGGGGAAAAUAAUAAAAGUGAAAAAGGAGAAGGUGAUGAAGAAAACAAUUCCGAUACAAACAAAUCAACAAGUGGGAAAUGUGAAAAUAAAAAAAGUAAAACAAAAAAAAAUGCAAGAGAAUGGGAAUUAAAUAAAAAAAUAACAAAAAAAGAUAUCGAAAAAUUAGAUUAUUCAUCAAAAAGUGAAAAUAAAAAUAACUCAAAUGAAAUUGUUAAAUAUGAAGGAGAAUUUGAUGAUUCAAGUGAUUCUUCUAUAACUGAAAAUAAAAACAACAUUAUGAGUCAAUUAAAUGAUUCUAUUCUUAAAAUGUUUUUGUCUAAUAAUACUAUUGAAGAAAGUGAUAUAGAAAAAAUUUUACAAGAAAUUAAAACUAAAUUGCUUUCAAAAAAUGUAGCCUCAGAAAUAUGUGAUAUCUUAAUAGAAAGAAUGAAGGAAAAAUUAAUAGGGAAAAAAAAAACAAUGUUUUCUUUAAAUGUUAAAAAAACGGUUUCUACUAUAUUUUCAGAUACUCUUCAAUCUAUUUUAAUACCUAAAGAUUCAGUAGAUGUGCUUAGAUCAGCUUUAGAAGCAAAAUCUUUAGGAAAAUUAUACUCUAUUUGCUUUUUAGGAGUAAAUGGUGUUGGAAAAUCUACAAAUUUAGCAAAAGUUUGUUAUUAUUUAAAAACAAAAGGAAAUCUUAAAAUUAUGAUUGCAGCUUGUGAUACAUUUAGAGCAGGUGCAAUUGAACAAUUAAGAAUACAUGCAAAAUGUUUAGAUGUCUAUCUUUUUGAAAAAGGAUAUGGAAAAAAUGCAGCUGCUAUUGCUAAAGAUGCUAUUUCUUAUGCAAAAAAAGAAAAAUAUGAUGUAAUUUUAAUAGACACAGCCGGUAGAAUGCAAGAUAAUGAACCAUUAAUGAGAUCUUUAGGAAAAUUAAUUUUAAUAAAUAAUCCAGAUUUAAUACUUUUUGUUGGAGAAGCAUUAGUAGGAAAUGAUGCUAUUGAUCAACUUAAAAAAUUCAAUCAAACAUUAAUAGAUGCUACAUGUGAUACUCAUAAAAGAACCAUAGAUGGAAUACUUCUCACAAAAUUUGACACAGUUGAUGAUAAAGUAGGCACUGCACUUUCUAUGGUUUAUCUUACUGGUAGGCCCAUUGUUUUUGUUGGAGUUGGACAAAAAUAUACGCAUUUGAAAAAGUUUAAUGUUAAUAUGGUUGUUAAGGCACUGAGUUAG